ACACACAGUGAAACAGUAGACACAUCCCCUCUAUGCAUUUUUAAAAGCUCAGCAGGUGAUGGGAACACUUAGGUCGGGGCUCUUUGUUCGCAGAUAAGCUCGGCCAAGUGAUCAGUUGCAUUUGCCGAGAAAGGAGAUAAUACCUCGCUGUACUUCAAUCAUUAAAAAGGGGUGACUUUCUAUCUGCAACGAGGCUUAUGAGUGACCACCAUCCUGCCAUCACCUUCACCGCGCAUGUGAAAGAACAAGCUCCCAGCUUGAGAGUCUUGUUAGUAGACACGUCAGGAUGCCCGGAGCCGAUGCCGCCAGCCAGGAGGGUUCUUGCAAGGCCUUGUGUCGAAACCUGGUGUCCCAGAACGGCCUGCAGAGAGAGACAGCUGAUAUCUCGCAGUCUGUCCUCUACACCUCCCUGAUGGGGCUUCUGCUGGUCGCCGACAACGAGAAGGAGCUCCUUGCAUUAGGAAGUGGAAGGCUUGGUCUUAGAAACAUCGGCAACACAUGUUUCUUGAACGCAAUAGUCCAGUGUUUGUCUCAUACUCGCGGCCUGCGGGACUACUGCCUCCUAAAGUCCUACAGACAGGACAAAUUCUCCAAGGAGGAGCCAAAACUCACAGAAGCUUUCUCUCAAGUAUUGUCUGGACUUUGGGAUUCAAAAGAAGAGGACACCGUUGUGAAUCCACGACAGUUUUACAAUACUUUCCGAGAUGUUGUGCCUUAUUUCAGUGGUUACAGUCAGCAAGAUGCUCAGGAGUUUCUCAGGUUCCUUUUGGAAAAGCUACACAGUGAAAUCAACCGCAAGCCCUACAUUCAAAGACCACUAAAGGACCCAGAGCAAAAAUAUGCCAGAUUUCGGAUAUCUGAGGAGGCAGCCGCAACAUGGAAGAAGCACUUAGAGAACGACGACAGCAAAAUCGUCGAUCUAUUCUCGGGCCAGCUGCGCAGCUCGCUACACUGCUCCGUGUGCUCGCACUACUCCAACACGUUCGAUGUGUUCUGCGACCUGUCGCUGCCCAUCCCAAAACACUGCACUAGCGGAAAUGUGACGCUCAAGGAGUGCCUGGACUACUUCUCGCAAGAGGAGAGACUGGACAAAGAGAAUUCACCUAUGUGCGAGAGGUGUAACAGGCAUACAGAGAGCACCAAGCGCUUGUCCAUCCAGAGGUUUCCCCACAUAAUUGUGAUACAUCUGAACCGUUUCACAACGACACGAUGGUCGAUCAGUAAAAGCACCACCUACGUCUCCUUCCCACUCACCAACCUUGACCUCGGGCCCUACGGUCCUGUUGACUGUGGUAAGACUUCUGUUUAUGUGUGGGUUAACUAUGUGGAGAGCUGUCGAAAUUAAUUGAUUAAUCGACGAGUAAUUGAGGAUCAAAUUUAUUGACAGCUAUUUUUAAAAUCAAGUAAUCAUUUAGCCCCAUUUUUUAAACUGGGUAUGGUCCAAAUCUUCUAAUGUCAGCCUUUCAACAGCAGUUAUUCAUUAUUCAUUAUUUUUUGUAAGCUGUCAUAAAAAACUAAUUAUCUUUUGUGUUUAAUCAAAACAAGACAUUUGCAUAAAUCUGCUUAUUCUAAGGAAAACAAUAAUCACACCCGUAGCUGAAUCAGUUUCAAAAUAUUUAGUGAGUAUGUUAAUCCCUCUUGUGUGAUAUUGUUUAUUGCAGUGGUUCUUAACCUUGUUGGAGGUACCGAACCCCACCAGUUUCAUAUGCGCAUUCACCAAACCCCUCGUUAGUGAUAAAGUAUUUUUUUUAAAUUCAAGACAGAUAUUUUUUACUGGUGCACAAAAUGAGCCGUGCAUGAACAAAACCAACACAAUGCAUGAACUCACAACAGAUUACAUACUGGCAAAUCAGAAUUCACACGAAAAAUCAGGUUUGUUCGGACCUCCUCAGUAGAGGCUCUGUCGAACCCCUGAGACCAGAGGUAUCAAACUCAAGGCCCGGGGGCCAGAUACGACCCGCCACAUCAUUUUAUGUGGCUCGCGAAGACAAAUUGUGCAUCAAAUUCGU